CCACCACACAAACAUUACCCCCAAUGAUUUUUUUUUUCUUCUUUAAAUUGUUAUUUAUACAGAGAAAAAGAUUGUGCAAUUCACGUUCACAUUCACAUGUGAAUGUUCCAACCAUAUUUUCCAUAUAUAAGGGCCCCGGCUUUCUAUAUUUAUAUAUAUAAUUGUUUCUGAUUUGUUGUCUACUGCUUCAAAAAAAGCUCCUCUCCAAUGGCCAUCUGAAUUUGCAUCAUCAAGAAUCUGCUCAGCAUCUCAAAAGGUGUAGUACUUUUACUCCAAAAGGAAGGAACAAUCACAGAAAUCCUAUCCUGAAUCAAUCAGAAAAAUCAUGCUUCUCAGAAGCUCUUCAACCCCAAUUCUUGGUUCCCUCCACUCAUCCUUCACAGACAGUCCUAAUAACAAUAGCAUUCACUCCGAAUCCUGCCAUGCAUUCAAGCAUCAUCUUCCACCAUGUGUCCCUCAACAUCACCACCAAAAAAUCUCUUUCCAUCAAUCUCCCUUUAUGCAGUUCUCAUGCACUUCCUCUCCAAUCUCACCCUCAAUCUCUGAAGGCCAAUGCAAAGGCUUCAGAAGAGUUCAGUCUGAAGGGAACUUGGAGGAUUUAGCUAUUGCUACUUGCAACAACAACAAUGAAGACAUAGUAGGAGAUAUUCCUUUCAAGAGAUUUUCAGCAAGACCUAAGUGUAUGGUACUUGAGACUAUUCCCUCUUUCUCUGUUACCAAGCACAAAGGCUUGUGCGAAGAAGAUGCAGACGAUGAAGAAACCGACAGUGACAGUGACAUUGAAUAUGAGAAAGAAAGUGGAAGCUUAAUGAAUCUUCAAAAGGGUGUGGUACUGUCUGAAGAAGUGAGAGAUGGAAGCUGCAGGGUAGGUUUUGCUGAGAGGGAAGAAGAGUUUGGUGGUAAACAAAUGUAUCUUGCAAGAGGGCUUGGAGUUGAUGUCUGCGUGGAUGGCAUAGGUGGCUGCAGGGGUGGUAGAGGUGGUGGCAGUGGUGGUGGUGGUGAUUAUAACUCCAUGAGCUCUGGAGGAAAUGAUGGAGAUAGAUCUGAGGUGGAAGAAUAUUACAAGAAGAUGCUGGAAGAAAAUCCUGGGAACCCUUUGUUUCUGAGAAAUUAUGCUCAGUAUUUGUAUCAGUGCAAAGAAGACCGUGAAGGAGCCGAGGAGUAUUAUUCGCGUGCCAUCCUAGCAGAUCCAAAAGACGGCGAUGUUCUAUCACAGUAUGGGAAGCUAGUUUGGGAGCUACACAAGGAUGAAGAACGAGCGUCAGCCUAUUUUGAAAGAGCGGUACAAGCCUCUCCUGAAGACAGCCAUGUACAUGCAGCGUAUGCAAGUUUCCUUUGGGACACAGAGGAGGGUGAGGAUGAUUGCAAUGAUUCAGAGUGUUUGCCACCACAAUUUCAUAAAGGAGCUAUGGCUACUGCUAGUGCCUAAAGAAAAAUGGAUUGAUGAUUUAACUGGUGAAGAAAUAGCAAUUGGUUGCAGAUAAAUAUGUUGCUACUACUUACUAGCGUCUAAAUAUGUAUAGGAGUUCUGAGUAUUGGUAUUAAAGGGUUGAGCUGAGAAGCGUAGUUCAUUGUGUGAAGUGAAAUCAUAUCAGACUGAUGACUGGUCUUUAACUUUUGAGUUUGUGAUGCACAAUUGGUCCCUUGAAGCAGAAGUAUUAAGAUGUGAUUGGCGUUUGUAAGCAAGCUGAUUAAGUAAUCUACAUAUUGAUUAGCUAGCGUGUCACAAUUGAGACUAGUGAUACAUUGGUUUUGUACCAAACUCCCAAUAUUAUAGCAAAUAAGAGACUAGAAAUUGCAAAUUACAAUUGGCAUUUGGAGAGGGAAAAAUGAAAGAUCACAUCAUAUAAGAGGACAGAACAAGCGAGGGUUGGUGUUCAUACUUCCUACAGCACAAUUUCACCAAGGAGAUGGCAAAUUGGCAAGUUAAUAAUAAUCAAAUAAUAGGCUCAGGCAGCCGCACUUUUUCUUGCUAGGAGACUUCUAAACCUUUCAUGGGCUUCUGUUAAAUAAAGCCAAAUUAAUUGGAUACUACCAAAAAAAAAAAGAAUAUGUAGGUAGGAAAGUAUUAAAUUCAGAGAAAAGCUGGAAACAUUUCCACAAUCCAGAUGCGCAACCUUGACCCUGAACCGUCAAUGGCGCGGCCUUUGCGGAGAAAAAUAUCUUGAUGGGAGAGAGACUGGGACAGUUGUCAACUUGGCACAAUAUUUUGCUCAAUUGUGAAGAAAAACGGCGUAGUUGACUGUAAUUUAUUUUAUUUUAUUGCCAAGAGGUACACACAGCAUGCAAAAUCAUUAGGAUUUUCA